AUGUUAUCAUUGUUGAUAUCUGGUCCAUUUAUGAUGUUAUCAUUGUUGAUAUCUGGUCCGGCUCAACCUGGUAAUGACAUUGAUGUUUUCCUUGCACCAUUGAUUGAUGACUUGAAGAUAUUGUGGAAGGUUGGUGUUGAAGCUUAUGAUGCUUACCGAAAACAACAUUUUACAUUAAGGGCCGUACUCUUAUGGACAAUUAACGAUUUUCCCGCGCUUGGGAAUUUGAGCGGUUGCAUAACGAAGGGAUAUUAUGCAUGCCCAAUUUGUAGCGAAGGAACAGAUUCUCAAAGAUUAAAGCGUGGUAGGAAGAACAUUUAUGCCGGCCAUAGAAAAUUUCUUCCACGCUACCAUCCGUAUCGAAGGCAAAAGAAAGCAUUUAAUGGCGAGCAAGACUUUCGAGAAGCUCCGAAACCAUUAAAUGGAGAAGAAGUGUUAAAGAAGGUAGAAGGGAUUGAAAUUCUUUGGGGGAAGAAGAAUAAAAAUAAGCCCUCAGAUAUUGGUACUAGUUGGAAGAAGAAGUCAAUUUUUUUUGAGCUUGAAUAUUGGAAGUACUUGUAUAUCCGACACAUUUUAGAUGUUAUGCAUAUAGAGAAGAAUCUGUUGGAGAGCAUCAUUGGUACACUACUUAAUAUUCCGGGUAAAACAAAGGAUGGAGUUAAUUCUCGUCUAGAUCUUAUAGAGAAGGGCCUACGGGAAGAGUUGGCACCGGUAAUUGGAGAGAAGCGAACGUACCUACCUCCGGCAUGUUAUACAUUAUCUAGGGAGGAGAAGAAAAUAUUUUGCACAACAUUGUUAGAACUCAAAGUCCCUGAUGGGUACUCUUCGAAUAUUAGAAGUAAGGUCUCGAUGCCAGAUCUGAAGCUUUAUGGUCUCAAGUCACAUGACUGUCAUGUACUGAUGCAACAGUUGCUACCUUUGGCACUACGUUCUGUGUUGCCUAAAGAAGUGAGAUAUGCCAUCACAAGAUUAUGUUUCUUUUUCAAUGCUAUUUGUAGCAAAGUGGUGGAUGUGCCGAAAUUAGAAAAACUUCAAUCAGAUCUUGUGAUUACAUUAUGCUUAUUUGAAAAGUACUUUCCGCCAUCAUUCUUUGAUAUCAUGGUUCAUUUGACGGUACAUCUUGUCAGAGAAGUACGACUUUGUGGACCUGUUCACUUUCGAUGGAUGUAUCCAUUUGAGAGGUACAUGAAGGUCUUAAAGGGUUAUGUUCGUAAUCGUAAUCGUCCGGAGGGUUGCAUUGCUGAAAGCUACAUUGCAGAAGAAGGUGUUGAGUUUUGCUCAGAUUACUUAUCUGGGAUGGAUUCUAUUGGGGUUCCUGUGGAUAGAAACACGACUUUCGAGGAUUCAGCAAUUGGAAGGCCUUUACCUGGUGGUCGUGUUACUGCCAUUGAUCGUGAAGAAUGGGAGCAAGCUCAUUGUUAUGUUUUAGAAAACACAAAUGAAGUUCAACCGUACAUUGAAGAACAUAUGGCGUUCUUGAAGGAACAUCAUCCUCGUCAAUCAAAAAGUCAAACGUGGCUACAAAUUGAGCACAAUAAAAAAUUUAUAUAUUGGCUCCGUGAAAAGGUUGCUGAUGAGCUAAAUAGUAACAAAAAGCAUAUUUCUAAUACCCUAAAGUGGAUAGCACAAGGUCCCCGUUUUGAUGUGAUCAAAUACUCCGGCUACAUCAUAAAUGGUUAUCGUUUUCACACAAAAGAUCGUGAUAAUUCACGAGUCACCCAGAAUAGUGGAGUUAGCUUGGUGGCAAGAGCAAUGCAAGUUACUAAUAACAAGGAUAAGAACCCUGUGUUUGGGGAGUUGAAUUUUUAUGGAGUUAUAACUGAGAUAUGGCAGCUUGAUUAUCACACGUUCAAUAUUCCAGUAUUUAAAUGCGACUGGGUUGAUAACAAUAAGGGUAUCAAAGUGGAUGAGCUUGGUUUUACGCUAGUUGAGCUUGGGAGGAUAGGCCACAAAUCCGAUUGUUUCAUUUUGGCUUCUCAGGCCAAGCAAGUUUUCUAUGUGGAAGAUCAACUUGAUUCGAGGUGGUCGAUUGUCCUCGAACCUCCUCAGCGUCGAUAUCCUUUUGAUGGAGAUGAUGAGCUAGAUGAUUGUUUUGCUGAGAAUAAUGGAGCUGGCGAAGGAUUACCACAAGUUGAACCAUUUGAUGUUACUGAUGAGUCUACGUUAUCUUGCUUGCGAGGAGAUUGUGAGGGAACUUGGAUUGAUAACUAGCUAAAGAAUGACAUUUUUU